AUGGGCGGUGAACGCUUUAAUCCAUCCUCCUCCGCCUACCCAACCCACUCCUUCGCCCCCAACCCCUCCUUCCCCAAGAUCCACAACCUCGACAUCGACCAUCUCCGUGCCUUCACCGCCAAUGGAGGUCAAUUCGAAGACUGCAACCUCCCGGCGAUGAUGUAUGAUUUCAGGAGUGAUGAGGAGAAAUAUAUCGAGUUGGAGGUUUGGAGUGCGCCGUUUGUGGGGGUGGGGCGGGAGAGGGAGAGUAGACCGUCGUUUGAUGAGGCGAUGAAGCGUGCUGAAUGGCGCAAGGCGCGUAAGGGAGAGCGUUUCGGUCCAAGUUGGUCAACUCACUGGUUCCGUAUCACCCUUCGCAACUUGGAUCAAAUCUUGCGGCACCCAGCCGCUGACCAGCACCUCGAGCUGCACUUUGACUGUGAAGGCGAAGGUGCGGUAUUCACCCCCGAGGGUCUUAUGCUCCAAGGUCUAACUGGCGGCGGCGGCGGCGAUCGCCGCGUCGAAUUCAUCCUCCCCGAAGCCUGGUGGUCCUCCUCCUCCUCCCCCACUUCCACCGAACGCAUCAUCUACAUCGAAGCCGCAAUGAACGGCAUGUUCGGCGUCCCCUGCGGCGACCAAAUCUCCCCUCCCGACCCAAACCGCUACUUCGAACUCCGCACCGCAGACAUCGUAGUCCCAAACAUGACCGCAUGGCGCCUGUUCUGGGAUUACACCAUUAUCGCGGAUUGUGCGCGCGAAUUGGGAGGGUGGGAGGGGGAGAAGGCGUUGGGUGUUGCUACGAAGAUUUUGGGGACGUUUAGGAGGGGGAAGAAGGAGUGUUUGGAGGAGUGUAGGGAGGUUGCGAGGGAGUUUUUGGGUGGGGGCGUUGAUGGAGCUGAGGUGUAUAGGGGGGAGGGGAAGGGGGAGCCGCUUGUGUUUGGGAUUGGGCAUUGUCAUAUUGAUACUGCCUGGCUUUGGCCGUUCGCUGAGACACGUCGGAAGAUUGCUCGUUCUUGGUCCACACAGAUCGACUUGAUCAAGAGGUACCCCGAACACCGCUUCACCGCCUCCUCCGCCCAACAAUACGCCUGGCUCAAAGAAGACCACUCCAGCCCCGGCGGCCUCUACCACCACCUCCGCGAGACCAUCCACUCUGGCGCAUUCACCCCCAUUGGCGGCACCUGGGUCGAAUGUGACACAAACAUGCCAAGCGGCGAAUCCCUCUGUCGCCAAUUCCUCCUCGGCCAACGCUUCUUCGAAAAAGAGUUUGGGAUUCGGUGUAAAGUUUUCUGGCUCCCGGAUACGUUUGGGUAUUCGAGUCAGUUGCCGCAGUUGUGUCGGUUGAGUGGGAUGAAGUAUUUCUUUACGCAGAAGUUGAGUUGGAAUAAUAUUAAUAAGUUUGUGUAUACGAGCUUUAAUUGGGUUGGGAUUGAUGGGUCUCAGGUUUUGUGUCAUAUGACACCGUCGGAGACGUAUAAUGCUCAAGCGCAUGUUGGCGACCUCAUUCGCUCUGUCACGCAACACAAGAACAAAGGCGAAGACCCCUCCUCUCUCCUCGUCUUCGGUAACGGCGAUGGCGGCGGCGGCCCUCUCGCCCAAAUGCUCGAAAAACUCCGUCGUUGCCGUGGAGUAUCCGACACCGUUGGCCGUCUUCCUCGCGUUUCUAUGGGUGGGUCUGUGGACCAGUUCUAUGAGAGGUUGGAGAAGAGAACGGAGGAGGGCAAGACGUUGCCGAAUUGGGUCGGUGAGUUGUAUUUUGAGUUGCAUCGCGGGACAUACACGAGUCAAGCGAAGACGAAGAAGGGGAAUAGGUUGAGUGAGUUCUUGUUGAGGGAUGUUGAGUUCUUCGCAAGUCUGGCUACGAUUUAUGACUCAAAGUACGAAUACCCGAAGAAGGAGAUUGAUGAGUGUUGGCAGAUGAUUUGCCUAUGUCAGUUCCAUGACGUGCUUCCGGGGUCGGCGAUUGAGAUGGUGUUUGACGAUGCAGCGGCAUUCCAUGCGCAGAUCUGGGAUCGCGGUCAAAGGAUGCUUGCGUCUGCAUUCAAGGUCCUCGGCAUGUCGUCUCACCCGAGCAAACACACUCCUCUCGCCGGUGUCAGUACCGUCGCUUGGCCGCGUACUGAGGUUGUUGAGGUUGAGGAGGAGAUCGCUACCAGUGUUGACAAGAGUGUCGUUUUUGAGCAGCAGAGUGGUAAGAAGUAUGUCGUUCUUAGCACCGAGAGCACGGCUGACAACAUCACAGUUGAGGAGGUGGAGAAGGGCAUCUUUGUGCUCAAUAACGGUGUCCUCCGCGUGAAGGUCGAAAACGGUCAUGUUACCAGUUUGUACGAUGUUGAAAUGGACCGCGAGGUUGUCGCCAAGGACGGGAAGGCGGGACGAUACGUUAUCUAUGAUGACCAACCGCUGUACUGGGAUGCUUGGGAUGUCGAAGUUUACCAUUUGACUGGUCCCCGCACGUAUCUCGAUGAGUGCAAGACAACGAUCGUCGAAGAGGGUCCCCUCCGCGCAUCUCUUCUCGUAGAAAGCAAGAUCAGCGAGCACUCCUGGAUCAAGACAACUAUCAGUCUGGACGCAGUGUUGUCCGGUGCCGAUUACACUCAUAAGACCACCUUCGAGAAGGCAUUGCCCAUGCUCAGCUUUGACGUUGAGGUGGAGUGGCAGGAGAGCCGUAGCUUCCUCAAGGUCGAAUUCCCUACUGACAUCCUCUGCGACACCGCCAGCUACGAAACCCAGUUCGGUAUCAACAAAAGACCCACGCACUUUAACACCAGCUGGGACGCGGCCAAGUUCGAGGUUGUCUGUCAUAAGUGGGCUGAUCUUUCGGAACAUGGUUACGGACUUUCAAUCCUCAACGACAGCAAAUACGGUUUCGCUACUCAUGGAUCGACCAUGCGUCUUUCACUCCUUCGUUCACCUAAGGCGCCAGAUGCACAUGCUGAUAUGGGUCGUCAUCACUUCCGUUACGCCAUGUUGCCUCACCGUGGGAGUAUCUCGCAAGCUGCGGUUGUCAGAGCCGGGUACAACUUCAACAACCCGUUGAGGUUGCGCUACGUUCCCGUCCAAGAUGAGAAGUUCGACAGCCUCAAAGACCUCUUGAAGAGUAUCUGGAUCGAGGGUGCUGAUAACGUGGUUCUUGAUACGAUCAAGAGGGCAGAGGACGAUACGGACGUUGUGGUCGCCGCCGGACACAGACCCACCUCCUGCAGUGGCACCAAGAACAAGUCUAUCGUUCUCAGGCUUUAUGAAGCGUACGGAGGAAAGACCAAGGUAAAGGUGGUGACGACGCUACCGGUGGUAAAGGCGACUGAAGUGAACCUUUUGGAAGACGAAAUCACUGUCCUGGACCACAAGAGAGCCAGGAUGGAUCACGUCACGUCUGUCGCUGUGGACUUCCCUAUGGGGGCGUUCGAGGUCAAAACUCUUAAGUUGGAACUAUCCUGGUAA